CUAUUGGUCUUUGUGAUGUAGCCUUGUAGCUUCAAACUAUUGUAGAAAAACAUUCGAGUGCCGUGAAACUGUGCGCUUGGAUAAAUUACUAAAUAUAAACAUGUUUCUCGUGAAUUUUCACACCAAAAACUUGGAUUUUUAAGGACAAACUGUGAACACAUCAAAGAAUCAAUUUGAUAAACCGCCGCCAAUGUCAAAUCACUAUGAUAUUCCAUCUUGGGCCGGAAAACCACCUACCGGUCUGCAUCUGGAUGUGAUGAAGGAGGACAAGCUCAUCCAGAAGUUGAUGAUCGACGAAAAACGAUGUUACCUGUUCGGGCGCAAUCCGCAAAUGAACGAUUUCUGCAUUGACCAUGCUUCCUGCUCGCGCGUACAUGCCGCGUUCGUCUACCACAAGCAUCUUCACAUAGCCUACUUAGUGGACCUGGGCAGCACGCACGGCACGUUUAUCGGAUCGGUUCGCUUGGAGGCCAACAAACCAACGCAGCUGCAGAUCAACAGCCAGUUUAGCUUCGGUGCCUCGACACGCCAUUACAUACUACGGGAACGGCCUACGGUUGGUUCACGCACGAACAUCAUGGAAGAUAUACCGAUGAUGGACAUUAGUGACGGCACCUUUCUCGGGUUGCCAGAAAGUCAAACCGAGCUUGAUAAUCUCACCGAGUACAAUACCGCACACAAUCGGCGCAUUUCGAUGCUGGGUAUAUCCGACGACAGUGGCACCGUUGGUGGUGCGGGCAGUGCCGGUGGACCGGGCGGUAACAGCGGCAGUUCGUACAAAAAGAGCAAACGAAACAAACGGAAAGGUGUUGCCUUUAAUGAGGAUGAAAUUAUAAUUAACCCCGAGGACAUUGAUCCCUCGAUUGGACGCUUUCGCAAUCUUAUCCAAUCCACCGUCGUGCCGGUAUCGGCGAAGCGCGCCAAAAUGGAGGUACAAAACAACAUGGGCAUUGUGACAUCACCGACCAGUGGUAUGAAAUCCGGUGCCUUCCAUCUACACUCGCACCAUUCACUGACCGGUGGGCACGGUCAGCAUCAUCCGAAUGUGACGCCUAGUCUUUACCACGGAAUCGAUCCAGUGGAUGGAGGAGGAAAUGGUGUUGGUGGAGGAGCUGGCGGUUCGGGUGGUUCCGGAUCGGAUGGACGCGGUUACGGAAGCUUCGAUAUGGACACGACACCAAGCGGACUGUCAACGAAGCUGGGUAUUUUGUUGCCUAAUCCAGCUCCAGAUGUAAAUCCAACACCAGUGCCGGUACGAGAGACUGCAUCGGUUCCAAUGUUUGCUGUGCCAGGUGGUACCGCAUCCGGUGGUGGUGCCAUCAGUAAUAAUGCUAAAGCGGGUGAGAAACAACCCGACACGUCAGACGAACCCAAGAAGAAGAAGUAUGCCAAGGAACAGUGGCCUGGCCGAAAACCGCUCGGUUUGGGUAGCUUUUAAACAAAAAACUCCAGAACAGGAGAUGUAGCACUACUGAACUAGUGUGGUUGAACUUUACUCGUAACAAUUAAUUAUAAUUUAAGCGCCUCGUCCGAGAUUUCUUCGGCACUACCUAGUCUGUCUGGUAGGGCUGAUAUAUUUGCAAGACAAGAAACAAAGAAACAUUUUGAGAAAUAAAACCGAACCUAAAGAAAUAAAACGAAACCAUAAAACGUAACCAAGAGAACCGAAAGGGAAAA